UAGGAAACCGAUUUUUUUCAUUAGUAGGCCAUGGCGAAAUGCGCUGUAGACGGGGCCACGGCGUCCCUAGGCGCCGACGCGCCGUGCAAGUGGCUGCUUCGGGCUCCAGUUCCAGUUCCAGUUCCAGUUCUAGCGGGUUCCAGGUUUUUUCCCAUCCGUUUCUUCCCAUGGUGGCAGUUGCCUUACCCCUCGGCCUCGCCCCAGCCAAGUGGCUGUUGCUUAGAUCUGCCUUUUAUACCGAUUCAAGAUACCUAGGUUAUCUCGCAUUUCGCUCUUUUACUACACUGCACCUCUUCUUGGUUGGGCUUUUACUACACUGCACCUCUUCUUGGUUGGGCUGUACGUAAUUACCAUCUCCCCAAGUGGCUGUCAAGUGUCAACCAUGGCCUCCGACAAGGAAAAAAAAGAGGUCGCAGUCCCAGUCCCUCUAGAUUCUAAUCAUGACAGCCCCAACCCGCUGGGCCUGGCAGAGGCCGAGCUGGCCGUGCUCGACGCCCAGGUCGACAUCCCAAAGACAGAUCUCGGCUACAAGGCCGUUUUCCGCUUUGCGACCCCGGUGGAUAUUGUCGUCAUGUUGCUCUCCUCAGUCUGCGCGAUGGCAGCAGGCACGACGCUGCCCCUGAUGACUGUCGUGUUUGGCUCCUUGACGGGCCAGUUCACCAGCUUCACCCCCUCCCUCGAGGCGCUGCAAUCGUUCCUAGACAGCAUCAACCACAUGCUGCUCUACUUUGUCUACAUUGGAGUCACGAGCAUCGUCACUACAAGUCUCACCGUCAUGGGCUUCACGUGGACGGGCGAGCGCAUCACCAAGCGACUGCGCGCGGCAUACCUCGACGCCAUUCUGCGGCAAAACAUUGCCUUCUUCGACUCGGUCGGCGCCGGCGAGGUCGGCACGCGCAUCGCCGACGACACCAAGCUCGUGCAGGACGGCAUCUCGCAAAAGGUCGGCCUGACCAUUGUCGGCAUCAGCUCCUUUGCCGCCGCCGAGAUCAUCGCCUUCAUCAUCUCGUGGCGCCUCGCCCUCGUCAUGCUCAGCGUCCCCAUCGCCAUCGCCGCGUGGAUGGGCGGCCUCGCCCGCAAGAUCAACAAGGCCCAGCUCGGCGCCAUGGACGCCUACGGCUCCAGCGCCACCUUCGCCGAGGAGGCCAUCUCGUCGGCCCGCGACGUCAUGGCCUACAACACGCGCCACCGCUUCUCCGCCAAGUACGACGCCUCGCUGGACCCAGCCAUGGCCCUUGACUUCCGCGCCAAGUCCGUCCUGGGCGCCUUCAUCGGCGGCCUCAUGUGGGCCAUGCUGGCCGCCUUUGCCCUCUGCUCGUGGGCCGGCGCGCGCUUCAUGGACGCCGGCUACGCCACCGUGUCCCAGAUCGUCACCGUCCUCCUCGCCUCCGUCACCGCCUCCAUCACGCUCGGCAGCGUCGCCCCGAACCUGAAUGCCUUUGGCGCGGCUGCGGGAUCAGCCAACCGCCUGUUUUCCGUGCUGGAGCGCAAGUCGCCCAUCCCCUUGGACUCGGCUGGCCGAGAGCCCGAGGGUCCCGUGGAGGGGCACGUCAGGUUUCGGGACGUCACACUUGUUUACCCGUCGCGGCGAGGCCAGUUUGUGCUCGAGGACUUUAAUCUCGACAUUCCCGCGGGGAAAACCACGGCCAUCGUCGGGCCCUCGGGGUCCGGCAAGUCAAGCGUCUUUGGGUUGCUGGAGCGGCUAUACUCUCCGUUGCGCGGCCAGAUCACCAUUGACGGGCGCGACAUUACCGAGCUGAGCUUGCCGUGGCUAAGGUCGCAGAUAAGGAUGGUGGCUCAGGAGUCGUUCAUCUUCAACGCCACCGUGUUCGAGAACAUUGCAUUUGGUCUGGCCGGGACGCGUCACGAAUCUGCUGAUCAUGACGCAAAACUUGAUCUUGUCAGGGAAGCUGCCAGGAUUGCCAACGCGCAUGCUUUCAUCGUGGACCUCCCCCAGGGCUAUGACACGGUCCUGGGAGAAGGCGGCAGUCUCCUCAGCGGCGGCCAGCGCCAGCGCAUCGGCAUCGCGCGAGCCGUCGUCUCGAACCCGACGGUCCUGCUCCUCGACGAAGCCACGGCAGCGCUGGACUCGGAAUCCGAGAGCGCCAUCCAGAAGGCCCUGCUGGCGGCUACGCAGGGACGCACGACCGUCACCGUUGCGCACCGGCUGUCGACUAUCAGGCAUGCCGAUACCAUUGUCGUCCUGGAGCACGGCAAGAUUGCCGAACUAGGCACACACGACGGUCUCCUCGAGAAGGGCGGCACAUAUGCGUCGCUCGUAUCCGCCCAGAAGCUUGACGCCGGUGUAGCCAGACCGAGCGCUGGGGCGUCGUCCGCAGUACUCGGUGGAGAUGAGAAGGAAACGAGCGAUGAGGCGUCGGCGGAGACGGAUAUCGAAGCCCCCUCGGCGCCGAAAAGCGUCAAAAAGGAGACAACCACGUCGCGGUUCGCCCUGUUCUGGUUCAUCUGGAACCUCAACCGGCAAGAGCAAAACUACAUGAUCCUCGGGAUCGCUGCCAGCUUUUUCUGCGGCCUGGCCUACCCCAUCUCGGCCAUCCUGUUCGGCAACACGGUGCUCGGGCUGCGUGACCCGUCCCAGACGUUGGGCGGCCUGAGCAUCGGCUUCUGGACGGGCAUGCAGCUGCUGCUCUCGUGCCUCGUGCUGGUCGCCUACGUGGUGCAGGGCGUGCCGUUCGCGUACGCGUCGUCGCGGCUGGUGGCGCGCGCGCGCCGCGUGGCGUUUGCCGCCAUCCUCCGCCAGGACAUGGCCUUCUUUGCUCAGAACGACUCUGGCACGCUCACGGCCUUCCUGUCGGUCCAGGCGAACCGCCUCAACGGCCUCAGCGGCUCCAUCCUCGGCUCUGUGGCUGCCGCCCUCUUCGCCGUGUUCGGCGGCCUGGUGGUGGCCGUGUCGUUCGGCUGGAAGCUCGGCCUCAUCGCGGCGUCGCUGAUGCCGCUGACCAUCGUCACGGGAUAUCUGCGGUACCGCCUGCUGGCCGAGUUCGAGACGAAGAUCCUCGGCGACACCAAGGCGACGAGCAUCGUGCUGGAAGCCGUCCGCGGCAUCCGCACCGUCGUCGCCUUCGGGCUGCAGCCCGACGUCAGCGCCCGGUACAAGGCCCAGCUGGAAAAGGAGCUCCACUCGGGCGCCAGCUGGGACAUUUCCAUGGCCGUGUUCUACGGCCUGAGCCAGUCCGUCGUGAUCCUCAACAGCGCGCUGCUGUUCUGGUACGGCGGCACCCGCCUGAUCGCCACGGGCGAAUACGGCGUGCGCGAGUUCCUCAUCUGCUACGUCGCCACCAUCUACAGCGCCCAGUCUGCCGGCAGCAUCUUCUCGCACGCGCCCGACGUCGCCGGCGCGCAGGAGGCCGCGACCCGGCUCAAGGCCCUCAUGGAGACCAUACCCGCCAUCGACGCCGCGUCCGAGUCCGGCGACAGCGCCGAGGACAUCGCCGGCAACGUCGAGCUCAGCAACGUCGACUUCGCGUACCCGUCGCAGGCGCACCUGGCGCUGCGGCACGUGAGCCUGCAGGCCCGCUCUGGGCAGUUCGUGGCGUUCGUCGGCGGCAGCGGCAGCGGCAAGUCGUCCAUCCUCAACCUGCUGGAGCGCUUCUACGACCCGCGCGCCGGGCACGUGCUCGCCGAUGGCAAGCCGCUACCCGCGUACAACCUGCAGCAGUACCGCAAGCAGAUCGCCGUCGUCGCCCAGGAGGCCAGCCUGUACAGCGGCACCGUCAGGGAAAACAUCCUCAGCGACGUCGACGCCGAUGACGCCGCCAUCGAGCACGCCUGUCGCCAGGCCAACAUUUGGGACUUUAUCCAAUCCCUGCCCGACGGGCUCAGCACGCACGUCGGUCCGCGCGGCAGUCAAGUGUCAGGCGGCCAGAAGCAGCGCCUGGCCAUUGCCAAAGCGCUGCUCCGCAAACCCAAGAUCCUCCUCCUGGACGAAGCUACGUCGGCCCUCGACUCCAAAGCCGAGGCCGCAGUGCAGACGGCGCUCGACGCCGCCACGCAGGGCCGCACCACCAUCGCCGUCGCCCACCGCCUCAGCUCCAUCGCUGGCGUCGACUACGUCUACGUGUUCGAGGCCGGCGCCGUCGUUGAGCGCGGCAGCCCCCAGGAUCUCCUGGCCCGUCGUGGGAGGUACUGGGAGUUUGUGCAGCUGCAGAACUUGGGGAAAUGAGAUCUGUUUUGCUUCUCAAGGCCUUGGCGAGCUUUUUUUGUUUGUGGUUGGGGGCACAAGAUUGGUGGUGAGAUGGUUUACGUGGUGCGGUGUGGCAACUAGCAAGAGUAGAAUGCAGGUUGGAAAGUGGAAAGUGGAGAGUUGGCUACCUUGUAUACCUUGCCUAUCAAGACUGAUUGUGAUUUUUUUUCUAUCAGUAGAAUUUGAGCCUAGGCCUGGGCCGCCUAGGAGAAAGAGAAUCUAAGCUAAUCUCAUGC